CAAAAAAAGAAAAAACUGAAGAUUCUGUAGCUUUUGGGCUGUAAUUGCUACAGGGAAGGAGAUCUAGCUAGCUACGUAUAGACUUAAGGUAUCUCGGCCAUGGGAGACGCAAGUACUACUGCCACCGGCUCCGCCUUCGGAAGCUCCGGUGAGGCUGCCGCCGCCGCUGCGGCAGAGGAGGAUCGUCAUGAGGAAGUACUACUUCGACAUGAAGAAAACGGCGACGGCGACGGUAACGGCGCAGGAUCGGCCUUUUUAGUGAAUAAUUCGGCCGAAGAAGACGACAAGGAAGACAGAAAUGUUGAAGACGGCGGUGACCGGAGUGACAAUUUUGGCAGAAACCGGUGGCCGCGACAGGAAACCUUGGCGCUCUUGAAGAUACGCUCUGAUAUGGAUGCCACUUUUCGUGAUUCAAGUCUCAAAGCUCCAUUGUGGGAGGAGGUUUCUAGGAAGCUAGCGGAGCUUGGUUACAAAAGAAGCGGCAAGAAGUGCAAAGAGAAGUUUGAGAACGUCUACAAGUACCACAGGAGGACCAAAGACGGCAGGACCGGAAAAUCCGACGGUAAAACCUAUCGGUUUUUCGAUCAGUUAGAAGCUUUCGAUCAAAACCACCAUCCUCCACCACCACCACUACAAGCAGCAGCAAAAGUGCCCCAUCAAGCCAUAACAAACCCUCCAAUAAGUACUAAUGUCUCCCACAAUAUCUUUGUCAAUCCAAACCCUACAAGUAAUAAUAUCAGUAUUACUUUGCCGCCGCCGCCGCCACCACCAACAUCAACAACAAGUAAUUCUUUGCCUUCACCACAAACAAUAAUCACAAAAUCCAUGAUCACAAACCACAACAACAACAUUAAUGGCCUCCUUUUCUCGAGCCCCACCUCAUCGUCGACGGCAUCCGACGAGGAGUUUCAGGCGCGGCACAAGCGGAAGAGGAAGUGGAGGGACUUCUUCCGGAGGCUGACGAGGGAGGUCGUAAGGAAGCAGGAGGAGAUGCAUAAGAGGUUCCUGGAAACCGUUGCUAAAUGCGAGCAUGAGAGAACUGCCCGCGAAGAGGCUUGGCGGCUUCAGGAGAUGGCGAGGAUCAACCGCGAGCACGAGAUUCUUCUCCAGGAGCGGUCCGCCGCUACGGCCAAAGACGCUGCUCUCAUUGCGUUCUUGCAAAAAGUCUCUGGCGUCACACAAAAUUUGCAGAUAAUAAGCACCGACAAUGUCGCACUCUCAGUUCUCAACAACAGCAUCAAUAACAACCACCACAACAACAACACAAAUAAUCAUACGAUAUCACUGCCAGCACCGCAGCCUGCUGCAAAGCAGGCCGCAACGGCAGCGCCACCGCAUGUUAGGAGUUUGAGCACUACUUCCUCGAGUAGUUGGAGUUCUCGGUGGCCGAAAGCCGAGGUUGAGGCAUUGAUAAAUUUGAGGACAAAUCUUGAUCUGAAGUACGAAGAGAACGUGCCGAAAGGGCCGCUUUGGGAGGAUAUAUCGGCGGGGAUGCGGCGGCUAGGGUAUGACCGGAGCUCGAAGAGGUGCAAGGAGAAGUGGGAGAACAUCAAUAAGUAUUUCAAGAAGGUGAAGGACAGCGACAAGAAGAGGUCGGAUGAUUCAAAAACCUGUCCAUAUUUUCACCAACUCGACGCAAUAUACAGAGAAAAAUUGAAGAACAUUGAUCCGAAAGCUCAAGAAAACGGCGCACCACAUCCGCAGCAGCCGCCGCCGCAUUUCGGCAUGGAGCCAUUGAUGGUCCAACCGGAGAGACAAUGGCCUCUUCAAGAAGAAGAAUAUGAUCAAGAGGAAGAAGUAGAUAGAGACACUAGCAGUAGCACUGAGGUGGAAGAUCAAGAUCAUGAUGAUCAUGAUAAUCAUCGCGAAGGUACUGGAGAUGGCAGUUACGGGAUAGUUUCCAACGUACAGUCUUCAAUGGACAUGGUUGAGUGAGACAAGAUAACGAAGCUUCUUUUGGAUCAGAGUAGGGGAGAGAGAGAGAGAGUUUGACGUAAAAUGUGUCACUAUUACCGGAAACUGUCCCAAGACAUGAUGGUAAAGGCAUAUUUUGAAGAGGAUAAAUGUGUAAUCAAAUUUAGGUAUCAAACUCUUUCAGUAAUAUUGGGGGAUUCUAUGGU